UCAUUCUAUACAUUGAUAUUUUGUAUCAGCGCCAUUAUUAACCAAAACGUUAGAGAUAAACAACAAGAGCCAAAAAAUGGUAAAAGUUGGUGAAGUAUUGAGUGUAUCAACCUCAUCGUGUUCAUCGCUCUACGAUAGUGAAGCUGAAGAGCUUCAAAAGAUGCCACUAGAACCACCCAAAGUUAAGCCGAAGAAAUGUCUCUCGAAGCAACUCUCAAUGCUGGAGACCAAAAGAGACACCGCAUGGGAGCGUCGCCGUCGCCAGAUGCUCAAUCACCUCCAGAGGAAGCAAAUAAACGAAGAAGGAGGUGAUAUUGACUUAACGGACGAGGACUUGAGUGAGCUCAAAGGUUCCAUCGAGUUAGGUUUUGGUUUUAACGAGGAGCAAGGGCAACAGCUUACAACCACGUUGCCUGCGUUAGACCUUUACUUCGCUGUGACACGUCAGAUCUCGCCGGUUUCCACACCAGGAAGCAAUGACGACGGUUCGGGAUCCAUGUCAUCAACAUACAAACCAAGCAAAACGUACCCAUGUGGUCCACUAACCGACUCUGAUGGAUUGAAAGUCAUGUCUCCAGGAGAUAAUCCAGAGCAGGUUAAAACGAGACUGAGGCAUUGGGCACAAGCUGUGGCAUGUUCUGUGAUACAACAUAAUUAAGCAGACAAGUGAGUGAUGGAUUUUAAUUUAUAGAAAGGAACAUGAAUGAGAGAGACUACGCAAAGGAAAGUGUUGUGGUAUAGAAUGACUUUUAUUUACCAAACAAGAGUCAUUCUGUUAUAGAUAGUAGGUUCUUCCUUUUCCAUCUUCCCUCUUUUUCUUUCUUAGCUUUUAAUUCAUCUUUAGUAAAAUUUGUCCUCUGUUCAAACUUCUUUUCAAAUGUCAACAUGCAAAUGUCCUUAUUUUAGGCGAGAAAACAGAGUUUUAAUCCAGAAAUGAUGAUGAAUG